CGCAACAUUUGCUCGACUUCCUAUCGUAGUUUUUAUUUGUUUAUUCGCGGCCAAAGGUUUCGGUAAGCUUGUUGGAUAUAACGAAGUUUUCUUAAGUGUAAUUUAAGUGAGAUAAAUCACCGAAACCAGUCCUGUAAAGGAAGCAGUUUGGAGAUAAACUAUUUAGCCUGGGGACUCCAUGGUCUGGUCCCUUUAACUCAGUCAGCUGAGUCACCUGAGUCAGAGAGUGACCAAAACUAGAACAUCAGUACAAUCAGGAUGUCAUCUGAGGAAGUCAGCCCCCCUUCCUCCUCUCCCACAAUGCAUUUCAUCGGAAAGAAGGCAGAUAUUGUUAAGGCUGGCCGUGUGACAAAGCAGGUGAACGGAUGCAGAGAUGUGCUUGUCAUGUACCACCAUGGGCAGCUUUAUGCAUUGGACAUGCGCUGUUACCAUGCAGGUGGUUCAUUACAGAAUGGAGACAUUGAGGAGUUCAAUGGACGGCUUUGCAUUGUUUGCCCAUGGCACAAGUACAAGAUUACCCUAGCAGAGGGCGAAGGACUUUACCAAGCUGUGGACGAUCCUACUGUCAGACCACUUAGGAGUCACUGGCGCUCCAAGGGAAUCAAACAGAGGGUUCAUAAAGUCACUGAAGUCGGCGGGGAUGUUUAUGUGACACUGAAUGACUCCAGCGACCCUAUAGAGUCUGAUGUCUAUCAGACUGAGAAAUACAGGACUGGUACCUUCAAUAUGCAGCCCAAAGUCAAGACGUAGUGGGACUAUUAAACUGUUAUUUUAUUAAACUUUUUAUUUUUUUUAUUGUCCAACCCUCUCCUGCUUUCUAACGUAGUUUAAUAAUUAAACUGAACCGCGUGAGUACUUUUUGAUAUGAUGUCAAUAGUUUUCCAUUUUUAUUUUCUAGUACUGAUCUUUUUAAACUCUAAAGCUUUCAAACAAAGCAAUACCUCACAGGGAAAGAAUUAAGCUUUCUUAGGGAAGUAAGCUAUUAUAGAUCAUUACAGAUCAAGCCAAUGUGCAUCACUUUAAAGUUAACUGUAAUUCACCCCUGGUGUCCUUAAAAGUGGGUUGUCCUUUUGUCUUUAAGUUACUUUUAACAUUUAAUAUAACUGCUUUACUGUUUGAAUACACUUCUUUUUUUAAAACCAUGGUCUUUCUGGAGAAUUUGACCAUUCCUUCGACUAGUCAGUUGAAAUUUGGUUUCUUGUUUUCCAUGUCUGGUAUGGUGAAUAUAAGAAUGUUUUGUUCUUCCAUUCUCUACAGGACUAGUACCGCGCAAUUGCACUUUUUUUGUUGUUGUUUACAAUUGUUUAUACUGACGUGGCAUGGUUAACCUUUCAUUUGCCUCUCAUCACCAUAAAUUUAACAUUUUACUUGCCGUCUUUUAGCUGCUAUAUUUACUGACUGAAUGUACACAUUUGUAAUAGAAAAGAUAUUUUCUUUUCUCACAGUUUGUAGCAAUGUUGCCUUGCAGCAAGAAGGUCCUUGGUUUGAUUCCCGGACCAUGCAGUUUGCAUGUUCUCCCUGUGCAUGCAUGGGUUUUCUCCGGAUUCCCCUGCUUCCUCCUAUAGUCCAAAAAUAUGACUUUUAGGUUAAUUGGUAUCCCUAAAUUUUGCAUGGUUGUAUGUCUCUGUGAUUCCCUGAUAUAGACUGGCGACCUGUCCAGGGUGUGCUCCACCUUUUGCCCAUAGAAUAAUAGACUGCUGGAGGUAAGUCCUAGCUCCACCAAGACCUUAAUGGAUGGAUUUUUCUUUUUUUAGAUUCCAUAUUCAGACAAACUGGACCAUUUGAUUAUUAACCCCUUUAUGACAAUUGUUGCAAAUAUGCAACAAACCCUUACAGCCUAAUGUGAAUACAACACUAACUACAAUCUCUACUGCGACCAUCACAGAAACAUAUGAGCUGAUAUACAGUACAACAUUAGUGAUUCUUGAGUUGCUUGGCCAAGGUAAUCAAGAACUUCCAGAGGAAAAUAUCCACCAUGGCAGAGAAAGUUAGAAGCCAAAAUCAAGGCAACAUGGAAAGAAGUAAGCCAACUCUUUCAGAACUCCAGAGGGGAUCAUUUGGCAAAGGAAUGCUGCAGAAAUAUAAACAGAUGCCCAUACCUCAGCCACUGGAAAUUGCCAAACAAAGACUCCAAGCCUUGGCAGCCUAACUAAAGAGCUACACCAAAGAGAUGGAAGCCAGGCGAAUAAACUAGCUGUUCUCCACUGAACCAGCUGAGGGGUACUCCCAGUGGCAGGGUAACAACAACACAAGCCAACUUUCCAAAGCUGAAGAGUGAUGCACAGUGGCUAAAGGACCAAAGAGCUGACCAUGCAAACCUCCCUUAACAAGGUCCUGUGAACAUUAAAAUGGCAGACCUCCAACAAAGACUAUCUGGUCUACCAGCUGGAAAUCUGUUAAUACUUUCAAUCCAUUAUAAUUGCGAUUCUUCUCAAACACA